AUGACGACGCUCGAGCUCGGGACCCCGGUGACGAUGACGGUGCCGCGAGGGGCGGACGUGCGAAUGAACUUCACCCUGCGCGAUGACGGCGCGGACGUGGUGUUCGAACUCGAACGCGUGGCGAAUUACCCGAUGGUGUACGUCGAACGCGGGAGCGGGGAAGAGGAGUGGUACAGGCGUCAGGUUGGGGCGUAUCGCGUCCCGGACGGGGAGGGACGGUACGGCGACGUCCCGACGCGCGGGAGCGCGGGGGAGAACAUCGCGUACGGGAUGUUUGGAUUGGCGGGGAAUUAUCGAUCGAUGAAGUUUAUAGGGAUGCGCGCGGGAUGGUACGACGUGCGAGUGAAGGCGGAGUUGGUCGCGGGGGCGUACGGCGACGCGGAAUUCAAGCUCACGGCGCGCUCGGGGGCGCAGACGUCGGGGGGGCCGCUCUGUCCGUACGACUGUUCGAAUAACGGCGAGUGCGUGAACAGUGGGUCCGCGAGUGGGGAUGAUACGAAGUGCGCGUGCUCGUCGACGCCUUUCGCGGGCGUGGCGGGCUCGCUCGCGCCGUUCGGGAACGCGUGUCGCGAUAUGUAUCGCCACUACGGGACCGCCACGAGCGCGACUCCAGUCAUAUCGCUCGAGCCGGGAAAGUUUUGGUACGGUUCGUACGAUUUGUCGGGAAUUUAUAGAUACUCUGGUGACGGGGUGGAGAUUUCGUUCAAUUGGCGUGGCGUUGGCGGCGAUCCGUUGCUGCUGAUAAAGGUGCAAUCAGAGCCGACGCUGGUCGACUACGACUACUACUAUCAGAGAUUCCUUAGCAACGGAGUCACGACGCUGUCGUUGAAGAACGUCAUGUCAGACGUGAGAUAUUACUUCGCGAUUUACAACAGAGAUCUACCGUCGGGCGCAAACGUCGACUUUACCAUACAAGUCACCAGGGCAUCCUGGUACUCCCAGCGCGAACCGCCAAACUUGAUGUCCAUGGCUUUUGUUUUGUUUAUAUGUGUGAGUUUUUGCAUGGUCGUCAUGACCAUCAGGCGUUUCUUCCAGCGCCGUCAACUUAGGCGUUUUAGAGAACAACGGAUGACCCAGCUCGCGUUUCAGGACGGCACGAGAGGUCAGCAGACUGGCACGCCGGAAGAAGUCGUUCAGGCGCUCCCGAUCGUGAAGUUUGACCCCGUCUUGAAGGAGGUGAUAGAGUCCGAGGGGCACGAUCCGACGUGUACGAUUUGUUUGGACGAUUACACGAACGGUGAGGAACUGAGACGACUCCCUUCCUGCAAGCACUUGUUCCACAAGGAGUGCGCUGAUCUUUGGUUGCGCGGAAGUUGCACUUGCCCGAUAUGCCGCACGUCAGUAAUAGGCGAGUCAACUUCGCAAGACUCUGCGCCGGCUCCGGGGAUGACCCCGCAGACCCCAGAGAGGUCCAUCGAACUUACGUCUCUCGGUGGAGAGUACGCCACCUACGUGCCACAGUCGCAACUACCGCAAAUGACGGUGGUGGUUGUCCCUUCCCGGGCGCUCGACGACCUCGCAGUCGAAGCACGACGACGUGAGGACGGCAACGCGCGUGGAUGGCAUCAUCGCGACACGUCAUCGAUCGUGUAG